UGUCUGUGGACAUUUUAACCCGGAAGACAGGUGAGCGCUUCAGGUAGCUGCUGAAAUAAACGCGUGGAAGCGGCGGCAGGAGAAGCGAGGAGAAGCGUCCCAGUGUGAGCAUGGAGAUCAGCGCGGAGUCGGUGCUGGCGGUGCUGCUGGAGGAGGAGGGCGGCAGGAUCACUAACUCGGACCUGCUGAGUAAAUUUAAAGGGCCGUUAAACUGCAGCGAUCCGGCGGAGAAGAAGCAGAACAGAGAUCUGUUUAAGAUGAUCAUCAACAACCUCGCUGUGGUGAAAACAAUAGAGGAGACCAAAUACGUUGUGCUGAGGAAAAAGUACCAGCAUUUACGGAAGCUCAGGAUAGAGGAGGAGGAGCAGCAGGAGAGAGGAGGUGCGGAGGAGGAGGAGCAGCAGGAGAGAGGAGGUGCGGAGGAGGAGGAGCAGCAGCAGGAGAGAGGAGGUGCGGAGGAGGAGCAGCAGGAGAGAGGAGGUGCGGAGGAGGAGCAGCAGGACAGAGGAGGUGCGGAGGAGGAGAAGGUGGAACCAAAGCCAGCAGCUGAGCACAGAGAAGUGGGUGAGAGUGAAGAAGGUACUGAAGCACCUCCUGAGGAGAACAAACCCGAGCAGAACCCUCCCUCAGACGCCUCACCGCGCUCUCCGACAGCCUCCUUCAUCGAGCUGGCUUUACAAAGACAGAAAUGUGCAGACUUGAAGGUAAGGAAGUCCUUACGCUUCAAUGUGCCUCUCAAAUCAGGUACAGGAGACUCACAGAAACUCGGACCUGCCUGCUCCAGCAACACUGAGACGAGCACACAGAAACGUUUCGCCCUGCCGUUACGCAUGCCUCCCGUGGCUAUCAGGCCUGUAGAACAUGGAGAGAUGAGUAAAAUGAAAACUCCAUCAAGCGACAACAAUCCAGUCAAGGUUCACUUGGCGUCACUGAGCUCCAUGCCCGGGCCCCCCUGCUCCCCGAGAUAUAAGAAACGUUCGUCUGUGGACAGCGUGGGAAUCAGCAGCUCACCACAACCACAGAGACACUGCAAGAGUGCUAAACCUGCAGAGGAGCCCAGGUACAGUGACCCCGUCCCAUUAGAAAGCUCUGAACACCAGUGGAUGGUGACGUCUGCAUCAGGACGUUGGGGUUUAGUGUACGGCCUGCUGCUAAACGAUGCCCAACUGGCAGAGAAAAAGGAUUUCAUUUCAGGCUUCACGGCCCUCCACUGGGCAGCGAAGUGCGGAAACCGCGACAUGCUGUGCAAGAUCAUCGACCUGUCCAGGGAGAACGGCAAGGGCGUGGACGUCAACACCAAGUCCUAUGCUGGCUACACGCCACUACACAUCGCCGCUAUCCAUGGGCAAGAGUACAUCAUCGGCAUCUUGGUGAACGAAUACAGUGCCAGCUGUAACAUUCGGGAUAACUCUGGGAAAAAGGCACACCAUUACCUGGAUGAAAAUGCCUCCUACUCGAUCCGGGAGCUGCUCGGAGGGUUGAAAGAGGCGCGUGUCGAGCCGCAGAAGAACCCCGAGGACACGGAUGCUCACAAGCACACUCACACCAUCAGCCGACUCUUCCAGCCUCAGACAAUAGGCUACAAGAAGAAGCCCAAGUCCAGGAACACCUUCCUGUCCAUGGCCGAGGACUCGAGGGAUGAAAAGGGCGAGCAUUCGAACCCCAUGCACAGGGUUUUUUCUGAUGUAUUUUCCUAAAAGCUCUUUAUCUGUGACUACACAGACUCCGAGACUUUUUUAACAUUAUAGAAUGAGCUGAAAUUAGUUCUGGUUUUUUUUUUUUUAGAUAUUUUUUUGGGGCUUUUUUCACCUUUUUUAUUGGAUAGGACAGUGUAGAGACAGGACAGGAAACGAGCGGGAGAGAGAGACGGGGAGGGAUCGGGAAAUGACCCCGGGUCGGAAUCGAACCCGGGUCCCCAGAUUUAUGGUAUGGCGCCUUAGCCACCUGAGCCACGACGCUCCCAAAUUAGUUCUGUUUUAACCUCAUCUCAUCUCAUCUCAUUAUCUCUAGCCGCUUUAUCCUUCUACAGGGUCGCAGGCGAGCUGGAUCCUAUCCCAGCUGACUACGGGCGAAAGGCGGGGUACACCCUGGACAAGUCGCCAGGUCAUCACAUCUGUUUUAACCUGUAACUAAUUUAUUCUUGCACUUAUUUUAAUAAUACCUUUUUAAAUUCAGAUGAUUUGGGUCUAAGGUCCAGUACUGAAGCAGAUUUUAAAUCACUUAUCUUCCUGUUCUCACUUGUCUUUUAUAAGCAUUGUGGAGAUGUUUUCAAUUAGUGGAUUAUUGUUUAAUUAUCAUAUAACUAAUAAAUGAAUGAACUCGU